AGCGUGGAUGCCCAACAAAGAGAUGGCGUCCAUGGCUUCCCUGCCCUGAUGCCGGAUCCCUCUGCCACUCCCUCCCCACGCCCCGUGAUCGGGUCCGCUGCGAUGGAAGGGCACGAGUACUACCACGAUUGGGAGAUCCUUGUCGGCCCAGAGAUCGCCGGAGAGGAUUUGAAGCUCUUGGAAGCGUCGGAUGAUGGCUCCAUGGACGGCGGCAUCAAAUCCGACUACUUCGCGCUCGAUGCCCGCACGCCGCACCACGAGGUGGAGCAACAGGUUGAUUCGGAUAACCCUAGUUGGGUUGAUCCGGAAUCGGACUCCGGGUUCCUCGACCGGCCCAAGGGGGAGGUAGACUUCCCCGGAGUCGCGUUCCCGAUCAAGGAUUUGGGUGAGUUCUGGUCCGAUGCGACGUCGGACGAGCAAAGAUCGCAUCUUGGUAGCGAAAAGGAGGGACUUGGUGACGACGGAGGUUUAGAGUUCGGAGAGAGGGCUGAGGGAGACGUGGUGGGCGAGAAAGAAGUGGGUCUGGAGGACACCUGGGAGAUCGAAGGGAGAGAGACGGGAUGCGAGAAGCCUGGCGAGGAGGGUUGUGGUGAACAAGGGAAGAUGACGGAUGAUGGGAACAUUGGGUCGGAUAACGUGUUGGCUAGUGGGGAAGAGAAGAGAAGGGUGGUUUGGUGGAAGCUCCCCUUUGAGCUCCUAAAAUUCUGUGCUUUCAGGGCGAAGCCAGUUUGGUCCAUCUCUAUCGUUGCCGCGAUAUUGGGGUUUUUGAUGUUGAGGAAGAGGUUUUAUAGGAUUAGACAAAAGCCUAUAAGUAUUCCUUUGAAUCUUUGCCUGGAUGAGAAGAAGGCAUCCCAGUUGAAGAUUCAUGCAGCCCGUCUCAACAAAGCUUUCACGGUCGUAAGGCGUGUUCCCAUCAUAAGAGCUUCACUACCCGCUGCCGGCGUGACCCGGCGGUCCAUGGCCGGCCUUCAAUGAUAUCAAUGCAGAUGGAAACGAUUCACUAGUACUGAAAACAUAUGCUUCUCCAAAAACUCAUGUUUUCAUGCUCUAUAAUUAAAUUUCAAAUGGUGCAUCUUCUUCACUGUCUAAGCUUCGUUCGUAUGGGUCAAGUCAUCAAUGCUCUCCAUGAACUGUAACUCUGUAAACAUGGAAAUAUGCUGUUUAUCAUUACAUACUUGGUCGACUAACACAUUCGCGUGAA